UUGUCGUCACAUGUUGGCGUAUUUCCGGCGUUGGCCUGCCAACCCAGUCUGCCAGCAUCAACAGCGGGCCAUCAUCAUCCGGAGCAGUUGGGUCACGUAGCCGCCGCCGCCGCCGCCGCCGCCGCUGCCGCCGCCUCGAUGGGCAUGGAGUCCUCGGAGUUGAUGGCGAUGGCUCAUUACCAGGCACAGCAACUGCAGCGACAGUUGCUAGCCGAGCAAUCAGGUCCAGGCACCACGAUGCUGCCACCUACGUCUGCUCAGUCUACUGGUGGAGGCUUGACGCAGCCGCAGGGACUCCAGGGACAACAGCAGCAGCAACAGCAGAGUCAAUUGCAACCGGGUCAGGAUCCGCUGCAGAGCCUGGUGCAGCAACUGCUCUGUUUACAACAAAUUGAAUAUUUUCUCGCGCAGCGUGGUCACAAGUAAUUACAUUUUGGGGAACGUAUGGAUCAUCUCCCGCGAGAACGAGGUGAUUCGAUUGGAAAGUGACGUAUAAAACUCGUAAGCGAGAAAUGCGUUUGUGUUAAAGUGCUCUGAUUCAUCGAUAGGUAAAUUCCGUGCCGAGUUGUCGAGCGACCUGCAAUGCUGCUGCAAUCAAUGUUGUGACUAUCGAGAAUGAAGACAAACUUACGUGCGGUGGCAGUUUACUCGAGCCCGUAAUGUUUUUCUAAUUUUUGGACGGAUGGGGGAGGGGGAAGAGUGGCGCGGUAUCUUCGAGUCUGUCAUGAUGAUACGGCAAGAUUACGAGAAGAAAUCGAGGGAAAGGAGCGGUAGAUAAAUAAAAGAGAAUUGAGUCCGUUUACUCGUGAAUUAUUGUAUCGUUUCGGAAUACCGUGCGGAUGGACAAUGAUCUCCGAAGUAGAGGAGGUCAAGUAUUUUAGUGUGUGAUAAAAACUUUAUGUCAAAAAUUAUAUUAAAUAUGAAAGGUGGGACAUACAAUGUGACUGAACAAUGAAAGAUCGCUUUUGGACAAAAAGUAGAAAGCGAAAAAAAGGAAAUGCUACACGCAUCAGAGACGAUUAUCCGCUCUAAUGCGAGCUGUGAAUGAAUCUCUAUCCGUCAACAGUAUUGAUAUAAUUAAUAGAGUAAAUGAAUAUAAAAUAUUGUAAGAACUAUAUCGUAAGUACGUAUUUGUGCAAAUGUCAGUAUGCAAGCUAGACAGAAUGCGCGGUAUGACAGUGGGAGUAUAUGCUCGGGUUAUAUGAGAGAGAGAAAGAGGAAAAAAUGAGUACGCGAGGAUGUGAGUGAAUAAGUCGGAGAAAAAGAGAGAGUGUGUGAGUGAGAGAAAGCUAGACAGAAUUACUUUCCAAGAUGUUUUUAAAUGCGGGGAUUGACCAAACGUCACACACAAAUCUCGCUGAUUAUCCUGAGGGCUCGUUCUAGAAGUUUAUCUUUUAUUAUUAUAAUUAUUUGACGGAAAGUGUGAGAUUUUGCACGUAAAUUAAGCAUGUAAGAGAGACCUCGUUUCCAAACGUUCAACAUUAUUGGUAUAUGUAACAUAAGUGUAAAGUAUUCUUGGAAUCGAGUCGACACAGUAUCAAUCUCCACAGUGCAAGAAAAAGAAUGUAAAAGCGUUUUUAAACACAAAAUGCUUUGCGUUUUACAUUUACGAUACAUCGCAUUAUGAUACGUAGCACAGCACGUACUCUCGUUUUAGGAAUUAUAUGUGUCUUUUAACUUUAUAUAUGGGAUAUAUCUAGGUGAACACUUUACGUUCACUUGAUCCGAUCAUGUUUCUACUUUUAACCAGAGCUUUUUUAACAGAAAAAACAUUAGGACCUUUAUAUAAUAUUAUUUAAUAUAUUAGUAAUGUUUUUUGUGCGUGUGGUGAUUCGAUACAAUGCACACAAUGUACGUCAAGUGAAAAUAUAUAUAUACACAAAACACGAUACAGACAUUUGUAGAUCUUUGAAUAAAGUUCCUUGCGCGUUACAUUUUAAACAUCAUGUAUGUUCCUCGUUAUAUGUUUAGACGCGUCGCAUUUGUUCCUAUUUUUUACAUUUUUGC